GGAGGAAAGGUGAAUCACGAUCGUUUUCCUAUAGAGCACAGCCGCUGCGUUUGGCAGUAGACAUGGAGCCCUGGGGCAGGCUGGUCGUGCUUGCAGUCGCCAUCACGGCGGUGGUAUCAUCACCAUUGGCCAACAAACUACAACCGGGUAAAGAAUGGCCUACACGUAACUCCGUCCAGCAACCACAGGAUGUGUGGCUGCAACUGCAAACGUCUACAACUGACGCAUCUGAUCUUUCGACAACUGAAUUGCCACCUGAAGAGCAAACCGACGCAGCUAUCGAGGCUAUUGAAGUGACAACCGAAGAAAACAAUGUAAUUCUUAGAACAUCAGAUUCUGAGAAUGACCCAUUGGAAGCAGUGGUUCCGACUGAAGAAAGCAAUGAUAUUUUAGUAAAAUCUUUGGAAGAGAGCGAGAAAGUAGACUACAGUGGGGCCCAAGUAUGGAAAGUCCCAACCUCGAGCAGCAAAGUCCGAUCUCUACUUGGCAAUCUCCGCAGCCGUAAUAUGAUAUCUCCAUGGGGAGGAAACCACAGCUACAUAGAUUUACUUGUGAAGCCGGAGGCUAUAAACAAUGUUAGUCAAGAGUUAAGAAAACAGAGUGUUCCAUUUGACGUCAUUAUUGUAGACUUGCAAAAACGUAUCGAUGAAGAAAACCCCCCAUUAGAUGAAAACGAGAUAGAAUUACAAGACAGACAAGGACACCGUAUGACAUGGAAACAAUAUCACAGAUUGACAGAUAUCCACGGCUUCAUGGAUUAUCUCGCAAAAACGUAUCCACGCAUUGUCAGCGUCAAUACUAUUGGAAAGUCUUUCCUAGGAAGAGAUCUCAAGGUAUUGCGCAUUUCUGACGGCAAGCCAACUAAUAAAGCCGUGUUCAUUGACGGUGGAAUUCAUGCCAGAGAGUGGAUCAGCCCAGCCACCGUUACGUUCUUCAUCAACCAAUUCGCCGAAAACUUUGACGAAGAAUCUGAUGAUGUCAAAAACAUUGACUGGUACUUCCUGCCAGUGGUCAACCCUGAUGGAUAUGAAUACACCCACCAAGUCGAUCGUCUAUGGAGGAAGAACCGUCGCCCUGCGGGCACAAGACAAUGCUUGGGCACUGAUCUUAACAGGAACUUCGGUCACCACUGGGGUGGUAAGGGAUCAUCAGGCAAUCCCUGCAGUGACAUAUACCGCGGUUCCAAGGCUUUCUCUGAACCAGAAUCUAAGGCUGUUUCAGACUUUAUUUUGAAUAGUGCAGCUGAAUUUAAGGCGUACUUGACUUACCACAGCUACGGUCAAUAUCUUCUGUACCCAUGGGGUUAUGAUGAUGCUGUGCCUCCAGAUUACAAAGACCUAGACAUUGUUGGCAAAGAAAUUGCACAGGAAAUUCAGAGAGUUGGUGGUUCAAAAUACACAGUGGGUUCCUCUAGCGGUGUUUUAUACCCUGCCUCUGGGGGCUCUGACGACUGGGCAAAGGCUCAGGGCAUCAAAUACUCCUACACUAUUGAGCUCAGUGACACUGGUCGCUAUGGUUUCAUUUUACCAACAUCCUUUAUUGAACCCGUGGCUAAGGAAUCAUUGGCAGGUCUGCGAGUGCUGGCUAGGAAACUUAAUGAAGCUUAAUGCAACAUUUGAUUGACAUUAAAGAGUGAAGGUUGUGAAUUCAUAUUUGAUAAAUUAUUUAUU